AUAGCUUAUCAAACUUGUGUUAUCCAAACUCAAAGCCAAAGCAAUUCCAUUUAACUUAUCUUAAUUAGCUUGAUUCAAUUGCAAUAACAUUGCAUCAAAGACAGAUCGAGAAAUUAAAUUAAGAGAUCGAGAAUGAUGGGUUUCCAAAAGGAGUACCUUGACUUAGUUCUUGUACCUUGUGGGAUCAUAAUCAUGUUUGUUUAUCAUAUUUUUUUACUCUUUAGAUACCUCAACUUUCCUGAAACAACUGUUGUGGGCUUUGAGAAUCAUAAUAAGAGAGCAUGGGUUCAUAGAGUUAUGGAGCUUAAUGAUAUAAGUAAUAUGGAGCUACCCUUAUCAGCAUUAUCCUCCAAUACAUCAGCAGCAACAUAUCUAGCCUCCAUCUCUUUAGGGUUGAGCUCCUUGAUUGGUGCAUGGAUUGCAAGCAACAACAACAUCUUUGUAAGCGUCUUAAUCUACGGCGAUACAAGUCCAACAACCAUGAUGUUGAAAUACAUAAGCCUUCUCCUUUGCUUCUUCUUGGCCUUCUUUUGUUUUGUGCAAGCAACAAGAUGCUUCAUCAAUGCAACUUAUCUCAUAACCAUGCCAAAUAGUGACACACCUAUUUACUAUGUGGAAGUUGCUAUUAUUAGAGGAGGUGAAUUUUGGCAACUUGGACUUAGAUCUCUCUAUUUUGCACUUAAUUUGUUACUUUGGUUUUUUGGCCCUAUCCCUAUGUUAGCUUCUUCGAUUAUCAUGGUUAUACUCUUGCAUUAUCUUGACUCGAAUUCGACCCCGUUGCAUGACUUUCAAGCUUCAUCCAAACAAUUAGGUCACAGAUCAAUCAAUAAUGUGGUGGCUACAACGGCUGAACAUAAUGUAUAAGAUGAUAUAUUUAAUUUGACAUGGCUAAAUGUGAUGUCAUUUACGUUUUUUGGUAA